UGGUUUUGGCUUAACUGCAAUGGGGAAAAGAAAGACGCAGCUGGCCAGAAGAACGUUCAGAAGGACUUUGGCUGAACUACAUUUUCCAAUCUGUGUAGGAAAACUAUUUAACGUCAUCACUCACUGACACAUGCGCAAAAGGCUAGGGAUGAGGACGAGUAAGCAACAAGUAAAGCGAGAACAACAAGCAACGCAGCUAGCUACCAAGAAGAUGAGUGUGUGACCCAGACAGGGCCAAGAAAACACAGAUUUCGGACACCAUGAAUCCUGAAUAUGACUACCUGUUCAAGCUGCUUCUGAUUGGUGAUUCAGGGGUGGGAAAGUCUUGCCUCCUGCUUCGAUUUGCGGAUGACACCUACACGGAAAGUUUCAUAAGCACCAUCGGCGUGGACUUCAAAAUCCGAACUAUUGAAUUGGAUGGCAGGACCAUCAAACUACAGAUUUGGGACACUGCUGGUCAGGAGCGGUUUCGCACCAUCACCUCCAGCUAUUACAGAGGAGCCCAUGGUAUCAUCGUUGUCUAUGAUGUAACAGAUCAGGAGUCCUACAACAAUAUAAGGCAGUGGCUGCAGGAGAUUGGCCGCUAUGCCAGCGAGAAUGUCAACAAGCUGCUGGUGGGGAACAAGUGUGACCUCACCACCAAGAAGGUAGUAGACUACACGACAGCCAAGGAAUUUGCUGACUCCCUAUCCAUCCCCUUCCUGGAGACCAGUGCGAAGGACGCAACUAACGUGGAGCAAUCCUUCAUGACCAUGGCGGCUGAGAUUAAGAAGCGCAUGGGGCCUGGGGCCACGGCAGGAGGAGAGAAGCACAACCUGAAGAUUGACAGCACUCCAGUGAGGCAGUCUGGGGGAGGAUGCUGUUAGGACGGUCCUGCCCUCUCCUCUCACCCCCAGAGGCCCAUGAGUAGAGUAACAGUAUUGGGUUGAAGUUGGGGUACUUCUGACAGAACAGGAAAAUGUGGUGGUGGGAUCUUCAAGAACUGGCUGACAUUUUUUACCUCUUGACCAAUGCCCAUAAUUGAGUGAGUAAGAAAGUUUUGUGCUGAAGGAAUAGUCCCCCCUCAACUCUUAAAAAAAAAAAUGUUAAAAAAAAAUGUUUAAAAAAAAAUCAACGAUAUGCACAGAAGUGGAAAUAACUUAAUAAAACAAAUGUGAUAAGGCAUAACUGAUGAUUGUAACUAAUCCAGCACUUUCUGUCUCUCAUAAUAUGUAUCACAGAUUUUUUUCUUUAACACACACACAUAUAUAUAUAUAUAUAUAUAUAUAUAUAUAUAUAUAUAUAUAUGUGUGUGUGAUUGAAAGAAAUCAUGGAUGUUCUUUCAACUAUGGUUGACUAUAUUACUUAAGUAAUAAGGCCUGUGGAGGUGUGGUAUAUGGUCAAUAUACCACGGCUAGGGGCUGUUUUUUUUUUAAAUGCGCGAGGCAAAGCGGAGUGCCUGGACACAGCCCUCAGCCAUGGUAUAUUUGCCAUAAAUCAUUGGGCCCGUGCACACAAACCCGAUAUAGGGCUCCUGUUGAGGAAAAGGAGAGGACAUGGUGAAGUCAAAACAGUUUUUGCAACCUGGGGACCACGUGGUGAAUGGAAACCUGCCAUCAUGGUGUUCACAUCUUUAAUGUCUGAUUUAAUCAUUGCUAUAUGAUACUAUUAUUACAUGGUGGUUUUAUUACUGUGAUGUUUGUUUGUUUUUUGAUUCUCUGUUUUCUAAUCUAGAAUGUGUAUAAUCAAUUAUGUUGUUGUUACCUAAUGAUUGAGUGCAUAACCAAAGGCUGACAUCAUUUGGUUCUUUCUGGAGUGGAAGCUGGCUAUAAACAGGAGGGAAUUAAGGCAUGUCCAAUACUUGAGCAUUUCAUUUGACCUCACAUCAAUUCAGAAUGCUACUGUACCAUCACAGCUUUACAUGUUCCCUAUACUAUAUGGGCAACCUCUGGUUGGUGUCUGACAACUUCCCUUUCAUUAUUACAGUACUAGCCAAGGGCGGCUCUAGCAGAUGCUCUUAUCCAGAUCAAAUACACACAUAACAUAUUUAAUUGACAGAGGUGUUGAACUGCCCAUUGUUCAGCACAACAAGCAAUUAAGGUUAAGUGCCUUGCUCAAGGGCACAUUGACAGAUUAUUCACUUAGUCGGUUCAGGAAUUCCAACAAGCAACUUUGCGGUUACUGGGCCGACGCUCCUAACCGCUAGGCUGCCUGCUGCCUAUAGGGCCCUGGUCCAAAGUACUGCACUUAAUAGUUUGCCACCCUGCAGCAAAACAAUAUAGGCCCCUUACAGUGAAGUGAAACAUUUUACUUAUUAAAGUUCAUUUUCUGUCAUUCUACAUAUUUUGCCAUGGGACUUUGAGAAAAUGUAGCCGUUUUAAAGCACGUUUUCUGCUAUUCUACAUAUUUUGCCAUGGGGUGGAGAGAGAUUUUUGCAGUUUCAAAGCUAAUUUCCUGUAAUUCUACACAUUUUGUAAUGACAUGCCAUGUUAAUAUGGUCUGAGUGAGAACGAAAUCUAUGGGGGCCCCCUUGUCCGGUCAUGAUUACUACAAGUUUAGAUGGCUGGCUAGACUAACUACCAAUCUAACAAUUGUUAGCUGGCAUGGCUAAUUCGUUGACUGUCAGUGAGAGACAUAACAAGAGAAAAAGUAAGGAUGCACAAGCAAAUGUUUGAAUUUCACCUGGUGUUUUCUACUAUUGUUACUCUCAAAAGUAAAUUGAGACCCGACUGAGUUCCUGAUUUAAAAAUAUAUAUUUGGUCGUGGGGGCCCUAAGUAACCACGUCGCUUAUGCCUGGAACCGGCCCUGUUACUAGCUCAACUAUGCUAUUAGUCUCCAUGAUCCAGCAUUAUAGGAAGGUUAGAUUUUGGUAUGUGUUGAAAUGAAUUUUACCAGUUUGGAGAGUAUGGCACACAUAGCCUGCCCCAGUUAGGCUUUGUUUGAUUGUAUUGUUUUCAUGUUUGAAUGUUUGCUUCAACUGCAGAUGUCUAUGCUAAUGAUCAUUAUAGAGGGAGAGCGAGUCAGAGGACCGAAGAGAUAAUACCAGCAUCUCAAAUUAGUAUGGGGAUUACAGCAAGAGAAACUUUUGCUAUCCUGAAUAAAUACUGUAGAACUGGG